CUGAAGGGUUAUGGAGCUCGUUCUCAAGAGGGAAAGUUGAGGGUGUUACGAGGACCUAGUUUUGCCUCGACUUGGCCCCCGGGUGUGCAAGGCCGGGUGGGAGAGAUGGAGGGUGGAGGGUGAAGGCGUGCGGUGAUGGUGGAGGCAGGCAGUCAGUCGUGUGCUCGCAGCUGGCUGGUACACACACACGCCCCGCCGCCGCCGUCACCACGCCGCCGCCUCCCACGCCCCGUCGCGCCUGUCCAGGACUUGGCACCAGCGACUCGCGGUGCAUUGCUGAUAAUCUCACCACAGUGCUCUCUGCUUGCGUGUCUUUACUGCUUCUUUCUUUGCUACAUCUUUCAUUUUUAUGAGAAUUUAUUUAAGUUUGCUGAAUCGUUCGGCAUAACUUGCGUACACUGAAAAGUUUGAAUACAACAUCCAGGCAAGUUGUCCACAAGCAGGGAGUAGAUUGCUAGCAGGAAAUAAGUCACUCUGAGGCACAAAGCCUCGCACAUUCAGCGCAGGUGAGGAAAAUGAAAAUGUUGUAAGUGUAAUAUGACUGCAAGGUGAGGCGCGGCCGUGGUGAUGUCCCAGUGAAGAGUGAUAAGUUCAGCCGAGUGAAUCCCUGAGUCACGCUGUUCCGAUGGCGCCGUGCACCUCCCAACGUCGCCUUUCGUUAUGAUCCCCCCACAGCACGCCAGAAGUGGCGUCUGGAGGGUCCUUCCGGACAACCUUGGUCCUGCUCACCUUGUGGGUUGCCCCGCGGCCUCUUGUGCCGCUCCCAGUCUGCCUCGUGGUCACUGCCGUGCAAAGCAGUACAAACAAGCUCUAGUCAGCGGCAUGGCGACCCCCGCCAUCUGACAGACGGGUUAUUGUGUCGCUAAUAAAGCUUCGAGGGGAGUGCAGGCGCAACGUGAACGGGCGGCGUUGGCUGAGGCUGGCUAUCAUGGGGGACAAGUCUGAAUGCGGGAGGAGAGCCGACGCGGUGCUCAAGAGAAAAUCAUUACGGGAGCGACAGGCAAAAUUGACUUUAGGAACUAGCAUCACCUUGGCAGAGAUGGUGUCGGCGAGCCAGCCACACGCGAUUCUCCUGACGGCGAGUGUCUCGAGCCACCCUAAGCAAACUGUGAUACAUCAGCCGCCUCGGCAACGCUGGUACGCGCGCCGCCACACCGAGGAGGAGCUGCUUGUUGUGGGCGACCCACUGUCCAACGCCCGACUUACUGGGGACAACUUGACGCUGGGAAGUGCCCCGGGGAGGGGAAGAGGAGGCUCCCCCGAGUGGACGCAGCAAAGAUGCCUUCCUAAAGGCGGGCGAGCGACACUUGGGAACGAUACAGAUAAUUUGGAGUUUUACAAAAGUUGUAGUGCGCAUUUAAUUGGAAAAGAUCAUGAUAGUGGUAAAUUGCUUUUAGUGGAAUCAGCUGCUGGUGGUGUUACGAGGAAACGUAAUCACUCGGCAACGGCAGCAGUAGCAGCAGCAGCAGCAGGAGGAGGACAACAGGCAGGGAAUGACGCGCCACCUCGUCCCCUGAGGCUGUCUGUCUGUCACGAGUCGGGCCAGAAGGCAGCCAGCGCGGCCGCCUGUCCCACCGGGGACAAGGCCGCAGCCUGUAUCUUGCCGCGCCCCGUGACCAGGCCCCCAAGCAUCCUGACCGGUGUGUCCUGGUGGCCCACGCUGGUCUUGCUCCUGGGCCUUGUGCUACCCACCGCCUUGGGCCUUCCCGCCGUCAUCAGGAUAGGAGCCAUACUGACGGAGGACCAGAGGGAUUCAGCCACGGAGCUUUCCUUCAAGUACGCCGUCUACAGGAUCAACAACGACAAGUUCAUCUUGCCAAAUACGACCCUGGUCUUUGAUAUCCAGUACGUGCCGCGAGACGACUCCUUCCACACCGCCAAGAAAGCCUGCAAGCAGAUCACCUUCGGCGUGCAGGCAAUGUUCGGGCCGUUCGAUCCCCUGCUAGGCUCCCACAUCCAGUCCAUCACCGACGCUCUGGACAUCCCGCACUUGGAGGCGAGGCUGGACAUCGAGCCCCAGGAAAAGGAGUUCAGCAUCAACCUCUUCCCGUCCCACACCUACCUCAACCAGGCCUACAAAGACAUGAUCCAGUUUCUCAAGUGGAAGAAAGUGGCCAUUAUCUACGAGGAGGACUUCGGUCUGAUGAAGCUGCAGGAGAUCAUUCGCUCCCCUCCGUCCAAGGCCAUUGAGAUGUACAUCCGCCAGGGACACCCAGAGAACUACCGGGAUGUGCUGAAGGAGGUCAAGCACAAGGAGAUAUUUAGCAUUAUCGUGGACACCCUACCGGGAAACAUGAGGCUUUUUCUACGAUGUUUGCUGCAGCUUCAGAUGAACGACUACCGCUACCACUACCUCUUCACUACCUUCGACAUCGAGACUUUUGACCUGGAAGACUUCAAGUACAAUUUCGUGAAUAUGACAGCCUUCAGAAUCGUGGACACCGCCAACAGACAGGUCCUUCGCAUCCUGCAGGAUAUGGAGAAGUUUCAGCCGAUAGGACACUCCAUUCUCAACAAGACAUCCAUUAUUAAGGCCGAGCCAGCACUCAUCUUCGACAGUGUGAACGUGUUUGCCCGCGGCCUUCAUGCCCUGGAGCGCUCCGCCACCCUCAGCCUCGCCAACCUAUCCUGCGAGAACGAGACGCCUUGGGGGGACGGUUCCUCGCUAUUCAACUACAUCAACGCGGUGGAGUACGAUGGACUGACGGGCCCCAUUAAGUUCACGGAGGGGAAGAGAACUAACUUUAAGCUCGACAUACUCAAGCUAAGGAUGGAGCAGCUUUACAAGGUCGGGGAGUGGACACCGGACGAGAAGAUCAACAUAACAGACCGUCAGGCGUUCUUUGAGGGCGGCAAGCCAAACAUCACACUCAAGAUCAUCACUAUUGAGGAGAAACCAUACGUGAUGGUACACCCGUCCAAGAACAUAACGGGGAACGCUCGCUUCUACGGGUUCUGCAUUGACCUGCUGGACCACGUGGCGGGCAUGGUGGGGUUCAACUACGAGGUGGAACUUGAAUUUGACGGGCGGUACGGGAACUACAACCAGACGACGGGGGAGUGGGACGGCAUGGUGCGCCACGUCAUGGCGAAGGAGACGCCCUUCGUGAUGCUUAAAAAAGAGAAGAACCUGACGGGGAAUGAUCGGUUUAGCGGCUUCUGCGUGGACAUGCUGGAGUACGUGUCCCGCAUGGCCGGCUUCAACUACAUCAUCGAAAUGUCUGGCGGGGGAGUGUACGGCAUGAUCGACACCGAGACGGGCGAGUGGAAUGGCCUGGUCAGGGAGCUCAAGGACAAGAAAGCUGAUCUGGCAGUGGGAUCCAUGACCAUCAACUACGCGAGAGAGAGUGUCAUUGACUUCACCAAGCCCUUCAUGAACCUGGGCAUCUCGAUCCUGUUUAAGAUCCCCUCGAGCCAGCCCACCAGACUCUUCUCCUUCAUGAACCCGCUGGCGGUGGAGAUCUGGCUGUACGUGAUGGCCGCCUACGUACUGGUGUCCUUCACUAUGUUCGUGAUGGCCAGGUUCUCUCCCUACGAGUGGAACAACCCGCAUCCCUGCAACCUGGAGAGCGACGUGGUGGAAAACCAGUUCAGCGUCAGCAACUCCUUCUGGUUCAUCACGGGCACGCUGCUGCGCCAAGGAUCAGGACUCAACCCUAAGGUGCCCACGCGAGCCCCCACCCAGCUGUUUAGUUUUAUGAACCCGCUGGCGAUAGAGAUUUGGCUGUACAUCCUGGCGGCGUACGUGGUCGUGUCCACCACAAUCUACAUCGUGGCGCGAUUCUCCCCCUACGAAUGGCACGCGCCCAGCCCCUGUCACGACAACAAGGAGAUCAUGCAGAACGACUUCACGCUCAGCAACUCCUUCUGGUUCACCAUCGGCACGCUCAUGCAGCAAGGGUCGGACCUCAACCCCAAGGCGGCGUCGACUCGGAUUGUGGGCGGCAUCUGGUGGUUCUUCACGCUCAUCAUCAUCUCGUCCUACACUGCCAACCUCGCCGCCUUCCUCACCGUGGAGAGAAUGAUCACGCCCAUAGAGAGCGCGGAGGACCUGGCCAAGCAGAAUGAGAUCGAGUAUGGUACGUUAGAGGGCGGCUCCACCAUGGCCUUCUUCAGGGACUCCAAGAUCGAGACGUACCAGAACAUGUGGCGCUAUAUGGAAAGCAAGCGACCCUCUGUGUUCGUGUCCACCAUCGAGGAGGGCGUGGACAGGGUGCUGAAGGGGAACUACGCCUUCCUGAUGGAGUCCACGAUGCUGGACUACACCAUCCAGAGAAACUGCAACCUGACCCAAGUGGGCGGCCUUCUCAACUCCAACUCCUACGGGAUAGCCACGCCCAUUGGCUCUCCGUGGCGGGACAAGAUCUCCCUGGCCAUCCUGGAGCUGCAGGAGAAGGGCAUCAUCCAAAUGUUGUACAGCAAGUGGUGGAAGAACACUGGCGACGUUUGCAACAGAGACGAGAAGAACAAAGACUCCAAGGCGAAUGCGCUGGGAGUGGAGAAUAUUGGCGGAGUGUUCGUGGUGCUCAUGUGUGGCCUCGCCCUUGCCAUCAUGGUCGCCAUAUUGGAAUUCUGCUGGAACUCACGAAAGAACGCACAGACGGACCGGGACUCGGAGUACGACUAUGAUGACGAGGACGAGGACGAGGACGACGAGGAGCGAAAGCAGAGACUGGAGAACGGCCUUGAGGGGGAGGAGGAAGAGGGUGAGGGAACGAGACGACCUCCUCGAGAAACACGACCCCCGCAAUCCCUGUGCUCCGAGAUGGCGGAGGAGCUGCGCUUCGCCAUGCGGUGCCACGGGUCCCGCCAGCGGCCAGCCCUCAAGAGGAACUGCUCGCGCUGCACGCCCGGCACCACCUACGUGCCCGCCGCUACCAACCUGACGCAGGCCAACGGCGAGAAUGGGCUGCUGCCAAUGAUCGAGAUGCGCAAGAAUUCGGUGGUCCAGUUUGAGGCGUCGAGUCCUAGCACCUAG